AUGUUGCUACGAUUUGAGUCCAAAUGGGGCCAGUUCCGCCUGAACGUCGAGCCUACCCAACAUUUCUCGUCGCUAACUCCCAAGAUCCUUGACAACCUCCCUCCGAAUACCGAUGCAUCCUCUAUAGUACUUAGCAACAAGCCCGUCAGCUCGAAACCGGACCCGGAAAGAGAGCGGCGCCUGGUCGACCUUCCCGGGGUAGAACUGCGGCAGGUCGGACUUAAGCAUGGAGACAAGUUGUACAUCGGGUUCUCAGAACACGAAACCAUGUCCAACGGUCAUCACACCAACGGCGAUGGCCCCUCCGCUGCUCGACGUUUGAACGGCACAAUCGCCCUACCAGAACCUGCCGGCCCCGUGACUGCCCCGACGGUCACUUCUCCAACUCUCGUUAAGAACCCGUGGGAAGUUGUCAAACAGUCUGCCUUAGAUGACAGGUUAGACAAGCUGGAUGGGAAGAUCUCAAGACCCAGAGACCUCAAGAUGUGUCGACAUGGGCCCAAGGGCAUGUGCGAUUAUUGUCAGCCACUGGAACCCUAUGACAAGAAAUAUCUCGACGAGAGGAAAAUAAAGCAUCUCUCCUUCCACAGCUACCUGCGCAAAAUCAAUUCCGCCACCAACAAGCCCGAGUUGAAAAGUUCCUACAUGCCGCCACUGUCCGAACCCUACUACCGAGUCAAGAAAGACUGCCCGGCCGGUCAUCCUCCCUGGCCUGAAGGAAUCUGUACGAAAUGCCAACCAAGUGCUAUCACAUUACAACCGCAAGAAUUCCGAAUGGUGGAUCAUGUUGAGUUUGCCUCAGCAGAUAUGGUGGAUAAGCUGAUCGAUUUCUGGAGGAAGUCUGGUAGUCAACGGCUGGGUUUUCUAUUCGGGCGAUACGAAGAGUAUACAGAAGUACCCCUGGGGGUGAAAGCUGUGGUUGAAGCCAUCUACGAGCCACCUCAAAUGUGCGAAGUUGACGGCCUCACACUCCUGGAGUGGCCUAAUGAAAAGGAUGUUGAUGAGGUUGCCAGGCUUUGCGGGCUCGAGCGGGUGGGAGUUAUCUUCACCGAUCUACUGGCGCCCGAGGAAGGAGAGGGUCAAGCCGUUUGCAAGCGACACAUCGAUUCUUAUUUUCUUUCGUCUCUGGAGAUCGUAUUCGCAGCACGGCUGCAAGCUCAAUAUCCAAAGCCUUCGAAAUGGAGUGAGACGGGCCGGUUCGGCUCAAACUUUGUGACCUGCGUCGUCACCGGAGACGAGGACGAGAGUAUCACAAUUCGAGCUUACCAGGCAUCAAAUGCUGCUGUCGAGAUGGUUCGCGCAGAUAUCGUGGAGCCCUCAGCCGACCCCUCUGUGAUGUUGGUCCAAUCUGAAGACGAUGAAGGCCCGAACGGCAGGACUCGAUACAUACCCGAAGUUUUCUACCGCCGGAUCAAUGAGUACGGUGCCAAUGUGCAGGAGAACGCCAAGCCCAGCUUUCCCGUGGAAUACUUGCUGGUAUCUCUGACAGCGGGAAUGCCCAUCAAGCCCAAUCCUCUCUUCAAGAAUGGCAAAUUUCCUGUUGAGAAUCGGGAAGCUGUCGCCGAAGGCCAGGAUCCCUCGGACGUGGCGAAACAAUUGCGCUCGUCACAAUCGGUGGACGCAGUUUCCGAUUUCCAUCUGUUAUGCUUUCUGCAUGGUAUGGGCGUAUUCAGCAAGGAAGAGGAACAGAUUUUAUGUCGAGUGGCAACUACGCGGGACCAGGUGGACGCGAUCCAUUUGACGGAAUCACCCGGAUGGGGAACCCUGUUGGCGAUACUCGAGACAUAUGGUGAGCGGCCCUUGAAGCGUCCGUGGCAUUCACAGACAGAGGAUGAAUCUCUCGACCCUGGCAGCCCGUCAGAAAAUCUGGCUAAGCGAUUCAAACAGGCGGCUAGUCUCGACCGCUGA